AUGGCUCAAGUCGCUAUCAUCGGUGGCGGUCUCUCUGGACUCACCCUCGCCCUCUACCUUCACAAGAGCGGCAUUUCCUCUGCAGUCUACGAAGCCAGGCCCAAAGACUUCGUCUCAGGCGGCAACAUCGCCCUCUCACCAAACGCCCUCCGCGUCCUUGAUCACAUCGGCGUCUACGACACCCUCCGUCCCCAAGGUUUUGCCUUCGAGUCCGUCGCCUUCCUCAACGGCCGCGGUGGCCUCCUCGCCAAGGUCCUUAACGGCAGCUAUGAAGAGUACAACUACCCGGCCCUGCGCAUCCGCCGCACCGUCCUCCGCGGUGAGCUGAUCCGCCAGCUUGAGCUCCUUGGAGUGCCAAUCCACUACGAGAAGAAGUGCUCUGCCGUCCGUGAGGAGACGGACACGUCGGCGACCGUAGAUUUCGAGGACGGCGAGUCUGUGACGGCCGAGUUCAUCAUCGGUGCCGACGGCAUCCACUCACGCGUGCGAUCUUUUGUGCGCCCACACGGCAGCCAGCCCGUUUUCCAGGGCCUUGCUGGUAUCUCUGGUACUUUCAAGCUCAGUGACCUGCCCGAUGUUGACACGGAUAUGCACUACCCUUGCAUGCUGUUCGGCGGCAACGGUUCCUUCGCCGUUAUGCCGGCGUCGGCAGACGGCGAUGAAGUCAGCUAUUUCGCGACCUUUGAGGUCGAGGAGCGGCCGCGUGAGGAGUGGACGGCGCUGGACGCCGACAAGGAGACGCUGGCGAAGAUGAUCAAGGAGAGGUUCCCCAUUGAUUCGAGUUGGCCCGAGGUCGUGCGUGCGCUGUGCCACCGGACCCCGACUGAGACGUUGACUCUCUGGCCCUUCUACUUGCUCUCUGCUAAGGAAUCGUGGUCUUCUCCGAGCCGCCGCGUGCUCCUCAUUGGAGAUGCAACUCAUGGCAUGCCUCCAACUGGCGGACAAGGCGGCGCGACUUCCUUCGAGGACGCGGAAACCCUCGCUUACACGCUCGCCCACAUCAAGGCACCACUCUUCAAUGACAACGCCCGCCCUCAGGUUAUUCAGGCGUGGGAGGACCACCGCAAGGACCGUGUGUCCAAGAUUGUGGACUUCACCACCCAGAAUGGCGACCUGCGCAAGACGUCAACGUCCUUCAUCCACCAGUGGAUCAAGGAAAUGACCAUCUGGGCUUACAUCAAGAUGGUCGGUCCCCACAUGGGCUGCAAGUGGAUGUACUCGUACCACGGGGAGAGCGUUCGCGCUGUUCUCGGACGGCUCGGCAUUGACGAGUCAAAGGCAAAGUCUCAGUAG